AUGAUUUCAGGUUUAAGAAAACUAACGAUUAUUCUGACUGCCGUUGCUGUUAUUACAAUACUUAGUGUAUAUUUUACAACCAAUGGAGCUAAUUUCUAUCAUCAUCUACAAUUAAAUUCACUACUAGCGAAGAAAGCUGACCAGAACGUCGUCCAUUUUAAGAUCAAACCACAGAAACUUAUAGUUUACAAUACUUCUCGACCAGGUGGAUGUCGACAUCAGUUUAAAAGAGCUCAUUGUUUAAAAAAUCUCGAAAAUCAAACCGGACUCAAACAGUGUGGAAAUCCAGUGUGUUCUUGUUUUCCUCUGGAGGUCUUCGAAAAACAAACACCUGCUAGUUUUUUGGGGACAUUCCCGCCAAUAACGGAACCUAUGCUACCCGUCGAGAAAGAACUUCUAUACGUUGAAGUUUUGGAGGAUAUAAACAAAACUUCGAGUGCUACUCUCUCAAAGUUGGUUCUAGUAGAUUCUACAAUAUUUAAGGUCGGGGAUACCAUCAACGUACGCGUCGAUGUGAAAGACGGAACCGGACAACAGCGGACCGUCGGUGCCGAUUUCGUUCAAGUUUGGAUGAAAUCAGCUAAAGGUCCAAGGCGAGCAAGUAGUGCGGAAGUGGUAGAUCUAAAAAACGGAAGCUACGUUGCUACAUUAAGAGCAUUAUGGGAAGGAGAUUCAAUAAUCAUGGGAGCCUUGCCAUUUACAAGGGAGGCAAGCGCUUUUAAUUUUCAACUAGGACGAGAAUAUAGAUCCAUCAAUUUCUAUGUUGGUCAUUUUAAAAGAGCGAAACUGAAGGAAUUUACUCUCUGUUCUAUGUUUUCUGUUAUCCCUGGAUAUAAACUCAUCUGUAAUUUAACAGACAUGAAUUAUGGAUAUGGAUGGUAUUGUGGAAAACCUUUUAAUGGUAACCUGACGUGUAAUGAUUUUGUAUUUGCUAAAGAUUACGACUACAUUUAUAUUCCACUCACUACAGCUCUAUACAACACUUUUGAAAGACAUGAUAGAAAAAUCAUGAUUUCAUCACAGAUUAAGUUAAAGAUACAACCAGGUCGUACAUCUCAGCCCAAGCCAAAUAAGAUUGACUGUACCAAAUUAGCCCGCCGUGAGACCUGGGACAUGAUACAUCCCACAGGAUAUUUUAACGGAACAGAUUGGGAACAUAUAAAAUGCCACAAUCCUGUGAAUCAGAGGAACUUUUUAAAUUGUUUUAAAAACACAACUUUGAUAGCGUUUGGGGACUCGACUGUUCGUCAAUAUUACGUUCAUAUACAGAAUGUCUUUAAAUGUAGCCAGACUACAGCAGAGUGGACGAAACGGAAGUGGUAUGGGGUAUCCCAUUGUCAGAUUCCUCGGUAUAAUUUUAGUCUUACAUGGGCAGUUCAGGAAUUUCCUUUUGAGGAGGGUAUGAAAACACCAGAUGGAAAAACGAACUUGAAACCGGUAUCCGUUCUGUUAAACGAGGCACCGAGUUCUGGACGAAUCGUUUUCGUCAUUCAUUAUUAUGCUCAUUUUAUGAGAAUACAUUAUUCUUUUUUUAUUGAGAGGAUUCGAUCUCUGAAAACACCAAUUCGAAACGCCUUAAAGAGAAAUAAGGACAUACAUAUAGCAAUCAAAUCACCGCAUGUUUUUUAUUUAUCAAGGUGUUCAGGACAGUUCAGUAUAUAUCACGGCAAACUUUAUAUGGAUAUAUUGAAAAGAGAACUGGCCGAAUUUCAUGAUAAAAUAUGGUUUUUAAACAUCUGGGACAUGAGUACAGCGUUCGAAAAUUUCGAUAUUCAUCCGCCCGGUGAUUUUGUGUGGCAAAAUUUGCGGUUAUUGGCUGGUUAUGUGUGUAAUAAAUAA